AUGGAAAUGAAGAAGAUCUCCCUCGCCAUCAUCGUCCUUGCUGCCUUAUUGAGCGUCGUCUUGGCUGCUGACCCAGUUCCCGCUACUCCCAAGGACCCAGCUGCCGCUGCUACUAAGGACCCAGCUGCCGCUGGUCCUAAGGAACCAGCUGCAGCUACUCCUAAGGCCUCAGCUACUGCCCCCGUAGGCUCAGCUGCUACCACCACAAGCACAGCAUCCUCCCCUGACUCAGCUCAUGCUCCUGCUCCUGCUCCAUCAGGCGCCGCCAGCACCAUGCCCAUUGUCGGCUCUCUGGCCGGUGCCUUCCUCGUGACCUUCUUUGGCUAUUACCUGCAGUAA